AUGAACGUCACCUGGGUCAAGGGAUACCCGUCUGGCCAUGAAAAGGGGAAUUUCCUGGCCCUCGACAUGGGUGGGACGAAUCUGCGCGUGUGCGAAGUCGACCUUUCUGGCGGCCAGGGGGAAUUCGAGAUCACCCAGAAGGAGUACAGGAUACCCGACGAGCUCAAGACAGGCACAGCGGACCAGCUGUGGGAUUUCAUCGCCGAGGAAGUAAGGUCCUUUGUCCACCAACGGCUCAAUGCUGGCCAGACGUCCUCGAAGAUACCGCUGGCCUUCACCUUCUCCUAUCCCGUCCACCAGCCAUGCAUCGAUCGUGGAGUCCUGCAGCGCUGGACGAAGGACUUUGAUGUCGCCGGAGUCGAAGGAUCUGAUGUGGUCAUCCAGCUGGAAGCUGCUCUGGAACGAAAGAAAGUACCCGUGAGAGUUGUCGCGCUGGUCAACGACACAACGGGCACUCUCAUCGCAUCAUCAUACAGCGACCCUGAAGUGAAAAUCGGCAGUAUAUUCGGCACGGGCUGCAAUGCCGCAUACAUGGAAGAGUGUGGAUCGAUCCCUAAGAUCAAAAACAGCGGCCUCCCAGCGGACACGUUGAUCGCCAUCAACACGGAAUACGGCGCGUUCGACAGCGAGCACAAGGUUCUACCCCAGACACGUUUCGACAAGGAAAUUGACCGGCUCUCACCGCGCCCCGGUCAACAGUCGUAUGAGAAGAUGGUCGCCAGCCUAUACCUCGGAGGCCUGCUCCGUCUGGUCCUGCUUGAACUGGGCGAAACAGGCAAGAUGUUCAAGGGCCAGGAUAUCUCGCGCCUCCGUACAAAAUUCGCGAUCAAUUGCCAGCUUCUCACCGAAAUCGAGGCAGACCAUACCCAGACGCUGACCGGGGUACGGGACCUGUUCAAGACACAGCUAGGCAUUGAGCUGGCGCCCCACGAGCGGCGAGUCCUCCAGUUCCUGACGGAGCUGAUAGGAGCCCGUGCAGCUCGCCUCUAUGCAUGCGGCAUUGCCGCUAUCUGUAAGAAAAAGAAGAUAGACAGAUGCCACGUCGGCGUGGACGGGUCCGCAUUCAGUAAAAACGCUGUCUUUCAAGAGCGUGCUGCCCAAGCACUCCGUGAGAUCCUCCAGUGGCCAGACGACACCGAGGACAAGAUCACUCUCCAAUGUGCGCAGGAUGGAUCUGGUGUGGGAGCAGCAUUGAUUGCGUCGUUGGCCUUGGAGAGAGGCGAUGGCGCUGUUCAUUCUGCUAGUUGAACCCCAUCUGGACUGGACAAGACAGCUGAGGGGCGACGAAUGCCCUUGAAACCAGGUGAAUCCUGUAGAAUAGGAUAGAGGAUAAAUUUAGUAGAAACAAAAUUAGACAGGGAUGUG